CAGUGAGGUUAGUUCGAGGUUCGAGUUCCUUGGAGUGUUCGCUUCGCUGUGGUGUUCGCGGAAUUUCUCUCUCCUCGCAAAGCAAGUAAAAACAACUUCGGUGGAUUGGCGCGGGAAUGCGAUAAGCGCAAAUAAGUAAGCAAUUACUAGCGGAAUAACGCGAUGACAGAUUUAUUUGACAUCGCGAAUCUGAUCACGACCGUUGGCGUCGACGGCGUGAAGAUCAAGCAGGAGCCCGGGAUACCAGAGAAAUCGUCCAACGAGAUCCUCACGGAGCUCUUCAGCACCUUCGACGCGCCGGACGACGGCGUUGCGUCGCCGUUGAACAACGACCAGCAGGUGCCGAAUGGCGACGUCGACGAGACCGCCGCCGAGCCGGAUAAGGCUGAAACGAAGAAGAAAAAGGCCAAGAAGAAACACAAACACAAGGAGAAGAAGCACAAGAAGAAGUCGAAGCACGAUUCCUCGGAUAACAGCGAUGCAGAGGGUGUCAAGAAGAAGAAGAAGCACAAGAAGAAGUCCAAGCGGAGGCGUGAUUCUGUUUCCAGCAAAUCGUCCGACUUGGGACCUAAGGCCAAGAUAGCAAAGACGGAUGACGACAAUGAUUUAGGAAGCAUCAAAUAUGAUGAUGGAAAAUCUCAUCUUGACGUGUCAGAAAAGACGAAUACAAAUGACGAGAGAAAAUCAGACGAUGUAAAGAAAGAUACGGAUACAACGGACAAACUCUUGGAUAAUCUUGGCAGUCCUGAAUUACCUCCUAUGUCGAAGAAGGUAGAUGACGAAUCUGAUGAGCCAGUAAUACCUAAACUUCUUGAAAAACCAAAGCAGCUUUCUCAAGGAAAAAUAUUGAUAAAGGAUCUCAAGAAUAGUGCCGUUUAUAGUGAAACGGUAAAAGCGAUAGAAAACAAGCAGAAGGCAAAAGCCGCGAGAAUGGAAGACGGCGAGCUAUCUGACAGCAGCAGCAACAAUAAUAGGACGCCUACUUUGAGUCCUACACCGCCUCGGAAUCGGUCGUUAUCGUUCAGCCCAAGUACAGAUAGACUAAGAAGCAAAAUGUUUAGUCCGACAAGAGGAUCGGUUACUUCAAAAAAUGAUCUUAGAUUAGUCUUGAAAGAGAAGGAGAGGAAAAGAAGCACAAGAGAUAAGGACAGUCGUUCACAAGACAGAAGAUCAAGAUCGCGGACACGAUACAGCUCGCAUAGCAGUAGGAGCGACAGGAGAGAAAAACAGAGAGGCAGAAGCAGAGAAAGACGCGAAAGGAAUAGAAGCAGUGAAAGACGAGACUCGGGCAGAAGCAGGGAAAGACACAGAUACAGAAGUCACAGUGAAAAUAAAGACAAAUAUGCGCGAGGUCGAAGUGCGAGCAGGGAGAGAAAGGAGAGAAUAGAGAUUAACAAGAAGAAACUUUUAGAAAUCGCAAGGAGAAAUGUUAUAAGCAUGAUAAAACAAGGAACUCUGUCGGUAGUCCAGCAAAAUAAAGCUAUUGCUGCUAUACAAUCUGGCGGGAAAACAGUGGACGAACUCACAGAUUUUUGUAAAUCAUUAUCCAAGUCUGAAGCGUUAGGUGAAUUGUCUAGCAUUUCUUCUGAAGAUGAAGAAAGUGAAUCUGAAAAGGGAUUUCAUCAUCCUUUUCUCUUAAAAGAAAGACCUAGUUCUAUUAUAAUGAAUAUUAAGGAUGCGAAACAGCUGCCAACAAGAACGUUUCAAGAAAAAACAGCUGAAACGUCAAACCAGUUGCGAUUGCAGUUUCCUGUCUCCAGUGGACAACAUCAUAGAAGAACCGAAAACGAAUGGGUACCUGUUACACCAAAGAAACCGGAACCAAAAAAGAUAUUUGUACCAGCUUCUACAAGUACACUGUCGACUGUAAUGCCACCGCCUCCUGUGCAACCUACGCAACCUAUGCCUGUGCAACCUACACAGCCUAUGCAAACUGUUUUUCCAACAACGACAGAGACUAUGGAUAUUGGCUCCAUAGUGUCUGAAAGGUUAGCAGCUAUAAGAAAAUUAAGGGAAAAUCCAAAUGACGUAAGCGCUUUGAAUGCAAUGCAUCGGGCACAAAAUGAGAUGAAAACCUGGGCUGAAAGUAAGCAGAUACCAGGUCAGUUUACUGGUAGUACAGGGGUUAAAGUACUUACACCUGCAGAAUUGUCUUCAGGUUAUCAAGCCUGGGCACGUAAGGAUCAAUUACUAUCAGCCCAGCCUUUAUCGGGUGGGAUGGGUAUGGCGUUACUGCAGAAGAUGGGCUGGCGACCUGGCGAGGGUCUAGGCAAGAAUAAAGAAGGGGCCUUGGAACCGUUACAACUGGAGGUUAAAUUGGACAAGAAAGGAUUGGUUUCCGAGCAGGAUAUCAUGCAAAAACCUGGCAAAGCUGCAAAGCCUGUAGUACCAACAAUCAAAACAUUGGAAGGCAAACAUCCAGUGUCACUUUUAGGAGAAUAUUGCACAAAGAAAAAACUCGGAGCGCCAGUUUACGAGUUGUGUUUUGAAUCUGGACCGGAUCACAGGAAGAAUUUUCUCUUCAAAGUGAAGGUAAACGGCAUCGAAUAUAAGCCGAGCGUAGCGAGUUCAAACAAAAAACAAGCAAAGGCAGAAGCAGCGCAAAUAUGUCUACAAAGCUUAGGCUUGCUGCCUUUGUAGUCUCGUGUAUCAAUAUAAUCACGAAAGGAGUUUGUAGAUUGCUGUCACGUAAUGCUUAUCAGUUUUUCUCAGAAAAAAUAAAAUAAUGUCAUACAAAUAAAUUCGCGUGUCAUCCUGAAAGCGAUGUUGCGAAAAAUUAACGUGUAACUGAUGUUGCCAAGGUCUUAUAAUAAUAAGAUAAAUAAUUUAUAAUUAUAUUUUUAUUUAAAAUAAAAAUAUAAUUAAUCAUUAAAGCUAAUUUAGACUGUGCAAUAGAACACAUAGAGUAAGGUGUGCAUACAACUGCAAAUCAGUCAUACAAAUUUCACUCGAUUUUAUUGCAAUAACGACAAGAUAUGAAUGUCCCUCUUAGAAUUCAUUCAUCUUGAAGAAUUAAAUAUUAAGAUGUACGCUUGCAAGCCUUUUUAGAAGUCUAUAAAAUUAAGUGUCUUUAUGUUCCACAUAUUUUUACACUUUUUAUUUAUUGUAAAUACUGUAUAAGAUAGAAAUUUGUAUACAGAAGCUAAUAAUCUUAAUUGAAAUAAAGAUUUAAUUUAAGAAA